AAAACGGCGGCCGCAGUCAGUUCUGUACGGUCGUUGGUCGCGUGCGGUAUUGAGGAGCCUCUACCCUCACGGUGGAUAAAUAUUAUUUCUACUUCGGAUUAAAAAAACAUCGCGCGCACGCUGUGAUUCAAUUUAAAAAUAACAAUUACUGCCUACCGAUUGAUAAAACUGUGUACAAUCACGCGAAAUGGGUUCUACUAUUCUUGUCGCCGUUACGCCGAAAGCUUAUUACGAUUUGCCCGUACGGUUCACGUGAUCUCCGAUAAUCACGAAGGAUGUUGUGUGUGGUGUCGACGGCGGUCGUACUCGCUGUACUCCGAAUUACCGGCGGUCAGCUGCAUGAGCCGCAGAAAGAAGGUCUGCUACAACGGCAUGAAGAUGUACAGCCGCAGAUGAACGGAAGCGGUGGCGGCGAAUGGAAGUGCCCUGAGGUGCGGAACGUGUCGUGCGCAUGCGAUCUGCCGCACACGUUACGCUGCACCGGCGGCAAGUCGACGUUUGAGACGGUGGCCCGGGCGCUCAGGCGCCUGUCCGGCACUUCGUCCAUAUCGCUUCUGGACUGCACCGUGCAGAACGUGGGAUCACUGCCGGCCAAGAUGCUCGACGGCGUCUCUCUGCACGGGCUGGUCGUGUCGUCCGGCGAGAUCAAGUCCGUGUCAGACGCCGCGUUCGACGGACUCGGGUCGCCGCUCCAAGCUCUCGGUUUGCCCAACAACCAGCUCGAGCGGGUCCCCAGCUCAGCACUGGCCAUGCUCAGCGGCCUAGAGCGUCUCGACCUGUCCCACAACCGUUUGCACACCGUUCACAACAAUUCGUUCAAGGGAUCGCCGAAUUUGACGUUUUUGGAUUUGAGCAAUAAUUCCAUUCAUUUCAUCAGCCCAGACGCGUUCGUUAAUCUGCCAUUUUUGAAAGUGCUCCGACUACAAAACAAUCUGCUUACGUCGACUUCGACUUCGCACCUCCAAGGACUGAGGUCGUUGGUCGAGUUAGACCUCAGCUCCAAUUUGCUGGCCGGUCAACUGGGCCCCAGCACGUUGCCUAGGUUGCCGAAUUUACAGAUUAUAUCGUUGGCGCAUAAUCAACUCAACAGCGUUAGGCGCGGAUCGUUUGCCGGACUCGAGGGUAUCGUGUCCCUGACGCUUAACCACAAUCAGAUCGACGUACUCGAGGAUCACGGUUUUAGGGCGGUGCCUACAUUGUCCCAUUUGGACUUGGCCAACAACCGCAUCGUGGCGGUGUCCAGUGCUUCACUCGCUCAUUUGACCAAACUCAAAACGCUUGACUUGUCACACAACUUUCUGAGGAGUUUGACGUCUGAUCUCAUCGUGCCGCUAAAGAGCAUCCAAGUUAUAAAGCUCGACGAUAACGACAUAUCUAUCGUGGCCGAAGGCGCAUUGAACACCGGCAACCACAUAACGAGCAUCUCUUUAUCAGACAACCCGUUGAACUGCGACUGUAGUCUAUUGUAUUUCGCCGGUUGGCUGUCCAAUCAUAGCGCGACCCAUGCGGCCGGCGACACGGCCGUGUGCGCCACUCCGCCGUCGCUGGAGAACGGUCUGCUUCAGGAUCUGCCCCUGUCCAAGCUGACGUGUGGCGGCGAGGACAGCGUACCACCGCCCGAAGGUCCCCUCGCUUCGAUGCAACCGUACACGGGUACGAAAAUUUCGCUGCGGUCCUACCAGUUCGACGGAAGCCGCAUCAGCCUAGGUUGGACCGUCGCAGCGCCGGUCAUAUCCUACUACUGCAACGCGCUAGUAAUCUACGAGGACAUCGGCAACCACGAAGUAUUGCUCGACUCGAAGCCGGUGAGGUGCAAUUCGUCCCAGUUGCCCGACGCUAAGAGUCUGACUCUUUCACUAUCGGCUAACGAACUGCAACCGACGCACAGUUACAGGUAUUGCGUGGUACUGGUGGAGGGAUACGCAACGGACAAAUCGGACGAAUCGGCCAUGGUGCUUGGUUGCAGCGACAUCAUUGCCCUGGUGCCGAACGCGAACCAAGUAGUGCAGCCCAAUAACCGGGCGGCGGCGGCGGCAACUGGGGUCGCGGACCCACCUGACAUCCAAAACCUGACCACAACGUUCGUGCCACCGUCGUCGCUAUUCGUGGCCGUACACCUGUCGGCCGUGUACCCGGACUCCGGCAAGUGUACGAUAACGGUGUCCGUGUACACGAUGGGCAGACCCCUGGCCCACCACCGGUUAAACUGCACGGCACCCUGGACCACGGUCGCAGAACUGCCAGCCGAGCGGUCGUAUCAGGUGUGUGCCAGCAUCGGUUCAAAGUUCCCCAAGGACGACGAGGAGACCAUGGUGUGCACGUCAGUGGACGGGGCCGAGGACGGCAUCGGAGGCGGUGGCCCGGCCGACUGGUUAUUCGCGGCGUUGGGUGCCAAGAGCUACGCGUUCCUGUUGUCGGCCACAUUCACGGCCGUCGUGUUCCUGUUUGUUUUGUUGGUGUACAGAACUGCGUGUCGGGCGUGUAGCAACAAGAAGCCUUCCGGCCGCGCGAACACUGUCCAAACACACCAGUGCUUCUUACCCGUACCGCCGCCCGACAACAGCACCCACCGGCCCAGAUACGUGAAACUUCAGGCCACCACCGUCCUAUAACAGGGUGGGUCACUGGUUCAGUUCACGCCUAGUUCGCCCUGCGGCGGCUGAAGUUGAACGACACCUGCGUUCCCGGAACAACCGCUGACCCUACCGGAACUUUGGUAGUCCGUCAAGCACCCCGGAUUUCGAGGCUUUCCGCGGAAUAUUGUAUAUGUAUAACGUACAUAGUUUUUAAGUUUGUUUUUGUUUUUAGAACCUCGUGAGACAGUUGAGGCGCUUAUAAUAUUAUUUAAUUAGGUAUACCUGUUCAAUGUGCCAUAUUGAUUGUUAAACCUUUUGAGUUUCGACGGUAGGUAUAUGAUUUAAAACAUCACCGCGUUAUUAAAUAUAAUAAUUGGUUAUGAUUUGUCCGUUGACGUUUGAAUUAAGGUAGUUAAUACUUAUAUUAUCAUAUCACGCAGUGUUGUGUAUUAUUGACUGAAUUCAUCGACGGCAUUUUAAUAUUAAAUUGUCAGAACAACUAUGAGAUUGGCAGGUGGUGAAAUGUCGACAAUCCUGCUAGUGGUGGGAUUAUGUAGGGGGUAUCGCCUGGCCCUGGCCCCUCCCAAAAACCACACCGUUCCACAAUUGUAGUAAAUUUGAGUACCUAUGUGUAGUCUAUGCUUAGUCUCCGUGGCUUUACACUUAUAAUAAGUUUCUAGUUGCGUUUAUACGAGUAAACUAUAGGUACAUAUAUCAUUCCAUGACCAUUUUUACAUCAAGCGUUUUUAGUCCGAGGUGUUGUUAAAUGUUUGAAAUAUAUUUUGUAAACAUUAUUCAACAAUACGAAUAACCUUGUUAGGCUUGAUUUGAAGAAAUACAUUUAUAAUUAAAUGAAACGCCAUACAUUUGAAUAAUUGUUAUGAUAUUUGUCAUUGUCAAUACUCUAUAAUCUAUAUUAUAUAGGUGGUUCAAUCCGAAUGAACACCUCAAACUUAGUUCACAAAUUUACGAUAGGUAAGUAGGUAUAUUACAAUAUAAGACUGAAAUCUUUUUUAACACUAUUUAACAAUGUUUACUAACAUAAUGUUAAAAAUGUAUUUUGAUAGGCUUACGAUGUUUAUUAUUAAUUUUAAACCAAUGUUGUAUCAAUAUUUUGUUAAAAUUCAUCUUAAUUUAAUUGCAUUAUGUGCCUUCUAUUUCUUUAAAGUUACAUUCUAUAUUUUUAUUUAUUUUUCGUACUUAACUUCUGUGGUUAUGUACAUCGCUGUAACAUAAUUUAUUUUUUUAUUUUUAAUAUUGUAUUGUAUAAUUUGAUUUUUAACACUAUUUUUAAUAUAUAUAUAUACAUAUGGAUAAAAUAGUGUUUGAGUGGAAAGAAAGUCAUAUUGUGAUAAUGUACAAAUGAGUAAUGGUUAGUUGUAAAAAGUACUAACGAUUAUUAUCAUUGUAUAUAAAUUUAAUAUUAUAAUAUUUAUAACUGUACAUAACAUUGGACGAUUAUUGUACGUUUGUACCUAAUAAUUUAUAUUUAUCAAUUGAAAAUAAAUCUAACCGUUUUAA